AUGGGUCAGAAGACCUUCUUUGCUCAACAAGAUGAGGCCUCCAAGCAACUGGCAAAGAACGGCUAUGUUUUUGGCGCUUAUGCGAAGGAGGAUGCUAUCAGACAAAAAGACAAAAGGAUACCCAAGACGAAGAAGAUGUAUUCCAGUGUUGUCCGUCGUUGGAUGGAAUUCUUUGAACAAAAUGGCAUCAAGGGCUAUGAGUUUGGGCCAGGAUGUGCGACUCCAGACUAUGUGCUCCUCAAAGAAUUUUUCCGCUGGUAUGGUCAUACCGCGCGAGGCAAGAAAAAAAGGCUGUUUGGUGGGUUUGAAGAAGAAUUGCAGAUCAAAAUUGUGAUGGAAGACAGGAGCGAGAUAUAUAAUUGGAUAAGGAGAACAUUAACAGGCAACGAAGGGUGGAUUGAGAAUGUUGAAGAUCCAGACCACAGUUUCACCAAGAAGGAUUUUCUCCGAGUGAUAUCAUCUAUAUGGAAAUCGGAUCAUCGCCGAUUCAUCCCCGGAUUACUUAAGGCUAUCAUCACGCUAGCUCUUCAACUAUAUCUUUUUACCGGAGCAAGAAUUGGAGCAUUUAUACCAGCCCAUGAGGAUAGAGACAAGAGAGGCCUAAGAUAUAAGGACAUAGAGCUGGUGUUAUUUCCAUCCCCUACGGCCCCUUGGAAGGUCGAGUGGAAAGUCAAUCAAGUCUGGUUAAAGAAUAAUCGAAACCCAGACUACACUGUGUUUGGAAUUGGAAUCCGUGAUACUAAGAAACCACAGUUCGCAUCUGGCUAUGUCCUUCUAGCUAUUGCCCUUCAGCAUGGUGCCCUAUUUGGUAUCAAUACAGCGGAAGACCUAGCGAAGUACGAUCUUUCAGAUGGACGCCCAAUUCCAUUACGCUGGAAGGAUGAGUAUCUGAAUAAGCCGGUGCUCAGAAAUGUCACGGCCGAUGGCCCACAAGAUGUCCCCCUCACCAAGGAGCGGUUUUGUGAGAUACUGCGUGGAAGAGUCACUGCUGCUGGAUAUAGCGAGAGUCUGACUAUUCAUAAAGUUCGGAAAUUUCUGGGAAGUGUAAUUGAAGGAAAGCAUGGUUCUGCCUUGGUAUCACAAAUAUACGGACACAAAGAUGCGGGAACAUAUCCUAAAGACUAUGUGUUACACUGCUCUUCGAUCGAUACCGUCUCAGCCGUUCUAGGCGAGGAAGACCAGUCAAGUCACAUUGAGUAUUUCCAAGGAUGUGAAAAAUUUUAUGAGCGCGGACUUCCAGGGGAGCUGCCAGCAGAGGUAGAGGAAAAAAUUCUGCUAAAGCCAGAAAUGGUUGAGAUCAGAAGUCGGAUCAAGGAGCUUGAAGCUCUAGGCGACAAAAUAUCCAUAAAUGCGGAGAGACUGAAAUACAGAAAGACCUUGGUUCGAUUCCGCCUUUCCGAGCUGAAGAAAUACCAAAGCAGCUGGAUACGGGAGAGAAGAGACCAAAGAAUUCUCAACAAAGGGAAAGACGAGCGGGCACUUGAUGAUGAUGACGUUUGCACACGUGUUCAAGCCUUGAUUAUGCCUGAUUUUGCGCGAAUUUCAACCUUGAUGAAUUUCGACGGCGAGCUUUCCUUCGAUGAAAUGCUCCUUUUUGUGGAAGACCUAAAAAAUCACUGUGAACGUGACUUUGAUGUGAUCUAUCUUCCACAAGAAAGCCCCGUUAAGGGUCGCUGCCCCGCUAGAGAUUGCAAUGAAGAGAUUACACGUCUGAAAAAAACCGAUAGGAGUACCCACAUUCACAACUGUGUUCGACGCGAGAUUGCUUUGAAUCAUCAAGUCUUGGAAUCAGAGUUGAAAUUUUGCUACGAGUGCAUGAAGUGGUUUCAGCUAAGUCACUGGCGAGACCACUGCUCUUUCCACAUCCAAUCAUGGGUAACUCGGCAAUGUGAGGUGAUCGUAUAUCGUCACACUGUGAUCCGCCCCGGCUACUGCCCUUUCUGUGUAUGGAACAACGAUCUUGCCGCCGAAGACCGCUUACACUACUGGCUGACCAGUGGUAAUUUGAGACAACACAUUGAAGAGCAACAUAUGAAUGGAAAUCAAAGUCAUGGAGAGAAGUCAAUAUGCGGAUGUGGCGAAAGUUUUGACGAAGAACGUGGCCUCCGACACCAUUUGCAUGACAUUCACAAGCUAAACAAAGCCAUAUGGCUAAGUCCAAAGCGCCAGAGGAAGAGAAGGAAUACCUGCAAAGCGGAAUCGCGAAAAUCUUCAGAAGAGCCAGAGGAGCGAUGCUCGAAAAGAGUUCGGUUCUACCGCUAUCCGCCUCCACGUCACGAACAUGAGUAUCAACUUUCAAACACCAUUUUCAUUCCAGUUCCCACAUUGCAUGCCUUUGUUGAAGAACAUCCCGAGCAAUAUUAUUGUUCAAGUUUGAGCAGUAAGGCAACUCAAAGCAGCGGAAGUAGCUCAGGUAGUCUCUGCUCUUCUGCAACAAUUUCUCCGCUCAGCUCGCGACCAACAACGCCUGGUUUGGAUGUGAUUGAUCCAAGAAUCCUCACCCCAUUGGAUUUCUACCAAGCCCGGAGACCUCAGCUUUAUGGCCAAGAUUACUCGGAGACGGAUGUCCUUGAAAUACCACCAGAUGGACAAGAUAUCAAAUGCCAAACCCUCAGCGUCGGAGCCCAUACAGGGGCUCCAAUUCGAAUUACUGCUGAUCAAUCCACUACCGGUCUUGAGACCAUUGGUUCUUGCUCUCUCGAGCCAGCCGAGAAGAACACAAAUGAUGGAUACAAAGAUCGUGGUGGUGUUACCAACCAGCUACAGUUAUCUAGCCAAUCAUCAAUCGAGACCAACGCCAUAGAGAAGGCCACAGGAGUAAAUUCUAUGGAUUUGCACAUUCUGGGGGUGUCUACUACUGGCUUUACCGCAAGUGAAGCAAACGAGGAAAAGAAACACUCUCGAGAUGCGCAGCCUGAUUCCAAGUCAGCCAACAGCAUAUGCUCUGAUGCGGAGAUUGAGUCAGAAAGCCAUUACCCCGCCCAUCAAGGACUCAUUGAUCGGGUCACAUCUCUUGGUACGGACUCGAUCACUAAUCUCAAGAAACCUCUUACCCGAGCCCAGGCCAGAAGACAACAACCUAUGCAACAGUCUUCAAACCAUUCGACAGAGAAAACGCUUCGACAGAAGCUUAAUGCAACAGAGAAACGGAAGCUUCGUGAGCUCAAGAGCAAAAAUUGGACUCUGAGGCAAAUUGGGCCUCAUUUUGCCGAUAUAGAUAUGACCUGGUUAAGGCAAGCUUGGAUGGAUAUCAAACCCCCUCAGCGAUGCACUCGAUCACGGGCAACUCAGAUAGCUUAG